ACAAAAUAUAUUUUCUUCUAUUAAAUAAUAUGCAAUAUAUAGAAGACUUGUGAAUGCUAUGAAGUAUUAGGAAUGAUAUAGUUUAAAGAAUAGAGAUGACAUGCAAUUUUUCUAACUAAAUCGUUACUAGUAUUUGCAAUGCUUAGAACCAAUAAACUGUUCCCAGAUGAUAAGCUGUUCACUUUUGCAUGCAUCCACACAGUCGUUCCUGGCCUGACACCCAUGAAGAAUUUGUUUCCAAUGCAAGUUCUGACUUUUGGAGUAAACCGGACUUCUCAUAGGCUCUGAACCAAAGAUUGAGGUCUUUGAAGCAACUCGAUGUUAGAGUGCUUAACUGUGCACAGCAAUGGACACACUUUCCUCAGCUGUAUUAAUUCAGGCUUGCCAGAAUCUAUGUAGCAGGAUUUGAACUGCGUUCUUUGGAUAAUCAUUUUUAUUUACCACUUGCUAGGUACCCUGCUUGGUGCCAGAGAUAGAAAGAAGAUCAAGACAGACAGGUUUCCUGCCCUGCCCAGCUAGAGUUAGCGUCUGUAGUAGAGAAACUUAAUGAUUAUACAGAUAAUUUAAGUAAAAUCGUGAUAAAUGCCUCAAGAGAAAAGUACUUAUUUGUGGAUUUAUAUUUUUCAUUGUUCAAGUAUUAAGUGCCUGUUGCAGUCCAGAUAAUUUGUUAAGUACAAGGCUAUAAUGUUGAACAAAAUACCCAAUACUCCCUAACCUCAUAGAGAAUACAGGUUAUGAGGGAGACAGAUCCAACAAUCGUAAAAACAAAUGUGCUGAGUGCUUUGAAGGGAGGCAUGAUUCUAUGAAAUUAUGAAUUAGAACUUUUUUUUUCAGACUGAAGAUUCUGUAAUACAUUUAGGUGAAAUAAUAGAAAAUAUCAGUGUAUCAUAUAAUCCCCCCCAAAAAGCUGUUGCAGUUGAGUCAAUUUCAAGUAAAAAUUACCAUUUUUAAGCUUAUAUUUUUAUGCUAGGUUGGAGGUACCCUCGUGGCACAGUGGCUAGGUGGUUGGCUGGUAACCGAAAGGUCAGCAGUUCAAACCCACCAGUCCCUUGGUGGGAGAAAGAUGUGGCAGUCUACUUCCAUAAAGUUUUACAGCCUUGGAUACCCUAUGGGGCAGUUUUACUCUGUCCUGUAGGGUCACUAUGAGUUGGAACCAAGUUGAUGGCAACGGGUUUGGGUUUUGGUAUGCUAGGUUGCAAAGUCGAAUGUAUUUCAUGAGUCACAUAAAAAAAAAAUCUUGGAAGCCACUGUACUAGGGGAACCUAACCAAAUUUGGGGGUCAGGGAAAGCUUUUUUGAGAAAGUGAUUUUCAGCUGAGCUUUGAAGGUGAACAGCUCUUAACUAGCUUGAGGGAAGAGACAGGGAAGAAAAACAUUACAAGUAUCUGGAAUAGCAUAUGCAAAGGCCCUGUGGUGGGCCAAGAAGACCAUGGCAGUUGAAGUCCAGUAUGGCUAAAGUCAUCUAUGCCAGUCAUGUGGAAGAUAACUACCUGGCCAACCAACAGGAAGAGAUCCAUAUUUGUACUCAUUCCAAAGAAAGGUGAUCCAACUGAUUGUGGAAAUUACCAAACAGUAUCUUGGAAGAAGUAUGACCAGAAUACUCCUGAGAAGCAAGGAUGGCAAGACUUUGUCUCAUGUACUUUGGACAUGUUACCAGGAGGGACCAGUCCCUGAAGAGAAGGACAUCAUGCUUGGUAAAGUAGAGGGUCAGUGAAAAAGAGGAAGGUCCUAAACGAGAUGGAUUAACACAGUGGCUGUAACAAUGGGCUCAAGCGUAACAAGGAUUGUGAGGAUGGUGCAGGACUGGGAAGUGUUUUACACAGGGUUGCUAUGAGUCAGAACUGACACCUAACAACAUAACAACAACAAUCAUUAAUAUCGCAUACAAGUAAAAUUAUGCUGAAGAUAAUUAAAAAACAAUUGCAGUAGUACAUCAACAGAGAACUGCUAGAAAUUCAAGCAGGAUUCAGAACAGGAUGUGGAAUGAGGGAUAUCAUUGACGAUGUCACAUGGAUCUUGGCUGAAAGCAGAUAAUACAAGAAGGAUGUUUACCUGUGUUUUAUUGACUAUACAAAGGCAUUUGACUAUGUGGAUCAUAACAAAUUAUGUAUAACAUUGUGGAGAAUGGGAAAUCCAGAAUGUGCUUAUGUGGAACCUGUAGAUAGACCAAGAGGCAGUUGUUCAAACAGGACAAGGGAAUAACGCAUGGUCUAAAAUCAGGAAAGGUAUGCAUCAGAGUUGUGUCAUUUUACCAUACUUAUUCAGUCUAUAUGCUGAGCAGAUAAUCUGAGAACCUGGACAAUAUGAGGAAAAACAUGGCAUCAGGGUUGGAGGAAUACUCAUUAACAAUAUGCAGGUGACACGAUGUUGCUUGCUGAAAGUGAAGAGAACUUGAAGAUCAAAGACUACAGCUUUCAAUAUGGAUUACAUUUCAACAUAAAGCAAAUAAAACUGGGCCAGUAAACAGCAUCAGGAUAAAUGGAGAAAAUGUUGAAGUUGUCAAGGAUUUCAUUUUACUUUGAAUCCACAAUCAACGUCCAUGGAAGCAGCAGCCAGGAAAUCAAAUGACAUAUUGCAUUGGCCAAAUCUGCAAAAGACCUCUUCAAAGUGUUAAAAAGCAAAGAUGUCAUUUUGAGGAUUAAGGUAUGCCUGACCCGAGCCAUGGUAUUUUCGGUCACCUCAUAAGCACACGAAAGCUGGACAUUGAAUAAGGAAGACCGAAGAAGAAUUGAUGCCUUUGAAUUAUGGUGUUGGCAAAGAAUAUUGAAUAUACCAUGAACUGUCAGAAGAACGAAUAAAUCUGUCUUGGAAGAAGUAUAGACAGAAUGCGCCUUAGAAGCAAAACUUUGGACAUCUUAUCAGGAGGCUCUAGUCCCUGGAGAAGGACAUCAUUCUUGGUAAAGUAGUGGGUCAGUGAAAAAGAGGAAGACUGUCCAUGAUAUAAAUUGACACAGUGGGUGCAACAAUGGGCUCAAACACAGCAACAAUUGUGAGGCUGGUGCAGGACAGGGCAGCAUUCCCUUCUGUUGUGCAUAGGGUCACUAUGAGUCAGAACCAACUCACUGGCACCUAACAAAAGCAAAAACAUGGCCGAAGUAAGAUGGGAGGUGACAGCGAGCGUGGGUCAGACCCUGCAAAGCUUCAGAAGCUUUUGUCAGGAGUUUGAGUUUUAUUCUGAGAGUUGUUGGGAAUCAUUGGAGGAUUUUAAGCAGGAGAGUGGCUUAAUUUUGUGUUUUGAAAUGAUCACUUGCUGCAGUGUGUGGAACGAAAUUACAAUGCCACAUCUUUCUCCCAUGGACCAACUGAUGGGUUUGAAUUUGCAUGAAAAGACACGAAGAAACCAGUUGUCCAAGUGAGAGAUGAUGAGUGCUUAGAGUCCCACGAUAGCUGUAGAGGUAGAAAGAAAUGGCUGGAUUCCAGAGAUUCAGGAGAUAAAUCAUGGCAGGGAAUUUGAGAUGGGCAGUGGUAAGGGAGAGGAAGGUGUCAGGGAUGAGUUCUAAGCUUGUGCAUCUGGAUGAAUGCCACCAUUCCUUGAGACAGGGAACCCUGGAGGAGGAGGAGCCACUUGAGGGGAGCUCACUUUGGAUUUGUUGAGUUUGAGGCACCCUUGAAACAUCCUGGGGGAGAUGCCUUGUAAAAUUUAUCUCAGAAGAGAACUGGCAAAUCUGUGAGUCAUUGGCGUAAAGAUAAUUGAAACUGUGGCCAAGGAUGAAGUCAUUUAGAGUAUAGUGCAGAGCCUUAAAAAGCAAUACUAAUGUCAUUGCCUGGACCCACCCUAGACCAAUUACCACGACUGUCACUCUCUGCCCCCCACCCUCCCCAAUAGGGAUGGACUACCCAAUCAGCAAGGUAAGCAUGUGCUUAGGGCAUCAUCAAAACAGGGGCACCAGUUGUCCAAAGCAAAGACCCAUAGAUGCCAAGCAGACAGGAUUCAAGGAAAAGCUAGUGCCACAGUGGAAGGGAACUGGCAGGGCACUAAAUGAAAAUGUCACCAGCUCCAGUGCGUGCGAAUGUGCUGGGCAGAAAUAAAGCUCAUGCAGGGUCAUGGGGGUGGUGCCCACACGCAAGAUUGUUUCAGCUGUGAGACACAUACCACUUCAACACCUUCGUUGACAUUUGUCUCCUACAGUCUAUGUAAUUGAAAUUCCUUAUCUUGGCAGGUCUCUUGGGAGUAUACUAUUUCUAAUAAACAAGAGGUAGGGGUUGGCUGUUGAGUCUAACUCUGGCUACAUUCACCCAAUAUGCAACUGGAUCCAACAUGGUCGAUUACUGGGCAAGGACAGAUUAUAUUAAUGGAUAACAGGUCUCUGAUCCAUUUUGAGAGAACUGUCUUGUACUUCCACAUCUGCUGAACCAGCAACUCCAGUCAGGAGGGCCAGCAAAGCUCUUUGCCAUGAUACAAACACAAGGGUAUGCUCUUUAACACAUCCUGGUAAACCGAUGGGAACUCUAGUCCCAGAUGACACAGAAAAGGGAGGGAACUUGAAUAAGUCCACCGUUGCAAUGAAUUCAGUCAAGUUACUUCUUAACAGUGUAGCAUUUACAUACGGAGUUCUGUCUUACAUUUUGUAUUUAUAACUUUAAAAUAUGUUUGGCAUACACACGGACACAAUCUAGCAUACAGUUUAUAAAAUACUAACAUGGACAAUAAUAUAAUACCAACAUAGCAAAUGUCCAAAAAUACUGAAACUAUUAAUAUUUAUCUAACACAAAAGGUUUUAAUUCAUAUAUCAGGUGAGUUUCAUUUUUUGUUGUCUGUUGUGUGGGACACAAUACUUGAUAUUACUGUAUAUAUGCUAAUGAGGUAUUAGGCACAUUAAGAGCAUGCAAAAUUCAAUAUCGUGCAAGAUGUAUUUCUGUUUUGCAACAAGUGUGUUACUAAAUUUAUCUUCCAAGAAAGCAACAAAGGGCGUUUAUCAGAGCAUUAUGUUUUAUCAGAAUAUUUACAUAUGUCCAUGUAAGGGAAUUGAGCAAUCCUCAAGGAAAUAAAUGGAUAGCAAAAUUACAUAAAUGUAUUUUAUUUUCCAUUUCCCUUCAGACUCUUUUUUAAGAAAUUGAUUGAUAUUGCUACGAUUCGCAAAACAAACUUGCUUGUGGAGAAGUCGUGCUAUUGUUACAUCAAUUUUGUACGUAUCUUUGAAUAUGGGAGUUGAACAAUCCCACAGAGAAAUAAAUGUACAUUUUAUAAAUAUGAUAACAAUUACAUUUUCCUUUUCAUUUCGAACUGAUCAGGUAUAACCUCACAUUCAGUUCUCUCUCAUAGACCACAUAAGAAUGCCAGUCACGUGACUCGUGACGUAUCUAGUAUUGUCUUGCACAAAGUGAAUGAAAAUACGUCUUCAGGUUGAGCAUACCCUUGUAUUUGCAUCAUGCUCUUUGCGAUCGCUGUCACCCCUAUAGGGUAUUAGCAGUAGUCUAAUGAACCCUGAAGACGCAGCAUCAAAGGAUGGAAAGUGAGAGGCAGGUUUUAAGUAUUAUUUCAAGACGAAAAACAUGCAUAGAGAUCUGCAAAGGACCUGCUGGCAAAACAUCGUAUGACAAACGAAUGAAAUUAUUUCUGACUGCCUUGAAAGUACUAUUUCUUUUGACUAUCUCAGACCUGAAGAACAAAAUUACAUAUUCCAAAUCAAUUUUUUUACUUACUUAUUUUCAAAUACAAAUUUUUGGAUCAACAUCCAAAUUCAAAUGUAAAUUUUAUCUUAUAAAUUUUAUUUUCAAUUAUCCAAAUUUAUUUGGUACAGUAGAACCAAAUUUAAAAAGUGGCAUAAUUUUAUAUCCAGGUAAAAUGACAAGGCAGCAACUAAGUGGAGCGCAAAAACGAAAGCUCACAGAAGAUAUAAAAGGAUUUGUGAAUCCCUAAAGACAAUUCCAAAAUUAACUUCCUUUUUAAAACGUAAUGAAUCAGAAGAGACUUCUUCCACUGAAGGCUCAAGUUUAAUGGGUGCAAAUCGUUGUACAAGUACCGCUAGUGCUGAAAUUACUAAUAGCAAUACAAAUAUAACAAUUUGUUCCAAAUUCUGCAUCCAUUCCUUGCUGUAGUUAAAAAAUUAAUAAUGGUGUAGAAAGUGAAACUAUUUUAAAAUCUGAAAUUGUCCCAUCUACAGACCCCAUAAAAGAUAUACAGAUCCUGCUUUGUGGAAUAAUUUUUCUCCUAAUGAUGUAAAUUAUUGGACUGAAAGAGGGCCAAGUGAUGUCAACAUCUCAGUGGACCAUUUGAAAAUUCAUGUGGAAAAUUUCUGGAUGGUAAACAAACAAGGUUCUGUAGCCAGAAUAUAUUUCUAGAGCGCAAAGCUCAUGGGGAAAACUAUAAGAGGGAGUGGCUACCGUAUUCUCCAUCAGUCGGCUCUGUGUAUUGUUUUGUUUGCAACCUAUUCAGUCCUAAAUCAUUUAAUUCUCAAUUUGCCACAGAUAGAUUUAGCCAUUGGCACAACUCCAAUAUGAUUGAUAAACAUGAAAACAGUUCAGUUCACAGAGGUUGUAUGUUGUCAUAUUUAAACCAAAGACAUGGUUUUGGCUUAACUCAUGAGCUGAAAACACUAAUGAAGAACGUCAGCAUUGAAAAGCCGUUUUGCAAUGCCUUGUUGCUGACAUCGUAACAAUCACUGAACAUGGACUGUCUUUUUGAGGAAGAAAGGAAGUGUUUGGGUCUCCACAAAAUGGAAAUUUUUUGGUUUAUUUGAACUUGUUGCUCAGUUUGAUCCAUUUUUAGCAGGUCACAUCUCCAAAUAUGGUAACACAGGAAAGGGCAACCCAUUGUAUAUGUCUAAAACAACAUGUGAAGGAUUAAUAAACUUGAUAAGUGAUAAAGUUCGAUCAACUAUUUUCAGCGAAAAGUAUUUCACCUUGUCCGUAGAUUACACUCCUGAUCUUCCUCAUACAGCUCAACCAAGUAUUGUUUUAAGAUCUGUAUCUCCAACAGAUAGAAAACCAUUCAAGCGAUUUAUCACAUUUAUUAGCUUAAAAGGUCAUACCAGUAAAGAAAUUGGAAAUCAAGUACUUCACUAUUUAUGUAAAUUUUGCUAAAUUGAUUUUUCUAAGUGCAGAGGCCAGUCUUAUGACAAUGCUGCCAGUAUGUCAGGGUGUUACAAAGGAAUGCCACAGAAAAUUCUAGAAUGUAAUGAAUAUGCCAUUUUCAUACCAUGUGCUGAACGUUCACUUAAUCUUGUAGGACGUAGAGAAGUAGACUGUUGUCCAGAAGCAGUUGAUUUUUUUUCCUACUGUUCAGUUACUUUCCACAUUUUUUACCAUCUCUGCUCACCAGUGGGCAGUUCUCAAAACAUAUUUAGGCAAUAAUUGAGUAUUAAAAUGUCCUUCUAAUACAUGUCAUACCAUGGACUGCCAAAAGAACAAACAAAUCUGUCUUGGAAGAAGUACAACUAGAAUGCUUCUUAGAAGCAAGAAUAGCAAGACUGCUUUCUUACAUACUUCGUACAUCCUGUCGGAAGGGAUCGCUCCUUGGAGAAAGACAUCAUGCUUGGUAAAGUACAGGGUCGGCGGAAAGGAGGAAGACCCUCAACAGGGUGGACUGACACAGCGGCUGCCACAAUGGGCUCAAGCAUAACAACGAUUGUAAGGAUGGUGCAGGACCGGGCAGUGUUUCCUUCUGUUGUACAUAGGGUCGCUGUGAGUCGGAACCAACUCGACAGCACCUAACUACAAUACAUGUUGGGCAACGCAUGUUGUAGCAACAGUGCAAUCCUGGAAUCAUACACUUAGAUUCUAGAUGCCUUAGAAAUUAUUGCUGAAGACCAGACACAAAAAGGAGAUGCCAAAAGAGAAGCUGAAAACAUCACCAACAAAAUGCAAAUACUACAGUAUUUAUUUAUGUUGGUUUGUAGAAUAAUAUAUUGCAGCAUUUUCAUUGGACAAGUCAACCUGUCCAGGAUUCAGAAGUAAAUUUAAAGACGUGCACAGAUCUCCGCCAAUCAUUAACAGGGUAUUUACAUAAUUUAAGAGAAGAUUUUGAAAAUACAACGAAACAAAUACUGGCAAAUACUGAUUAUCAAGCAGUUCACCAUCACAGAAGCAUUAGAAAGAAACAAGUAAAUGACGGAAGUGCUCCAGAAGUAUUGAGUGCCAGAGAUCAAUUUCGCCUAACUUCGUACUACACCAUCACUGGCACACUGGGAUCUUGCAUGAAAAGAAGGGCGAAAGCGUAUGAAGUUCUUUCAAAUAGAUUUUCCUUCUUAAACAAUGUGGCUAGGCCUGACGAAGAAUACAUAAAGACAUCCAAGAAAUUAGUGCAGGUUUAUCCCAUGACUUAAAUACACAGAAAGUGGAACAAUUUCAUUCUUACAUAAAAACAAAGCUUACAGAUUCAGGAAAGACAUUUUACUCGUGUCGACAUGUAUGAUUCCAUAAUGGGAGAUAAAAUACAAUGUGUACUUCCCAAUGUCGAAAUCACUUUACACAUGUUCCUAACUUUAACAAGCACAGACUGCACAACAGAAUGCUCAUUUUCAUCCCUAGAGAGACUCAGAACCAUCAACGCACAACAAUGAUUAAAGAAAGACUCGAUUCAUUAUCCUUAUCAUGUAUGGAAGUAGGUAUUGUUCAGCAGCUUAAUUGUGAUGAAAUCAUUGAAGAAUUUGUAAGAGCAAAGAACAGAAAGAAAUGUUUUUAAUUAUAACAUAUUAGAGAUGAACGAUCUAAAAAUAAAAUAAUUUGUCAUUUGUUUUCUGAUCAUUAAAUUUUAUAUUAUGGCAUCUUCAUUUGCUCAUUUAUAAUGAUAGCAUUUAUUACAAAACAAGCAUCAAAACUGAAGUAUGAUCCAUUUAAAGCAAAACUGGUGAAAGUUGAUUUUUCAUCCUGAGAUAUCAACAGAAUUUUACAUUGACUGUUGAAACAACCAAGUUCACAGACUCAUUUUCUCUGUUGCAGAAUAUGUGCAUUAUUCUUUGUGUAGAAAAUGUGGUAUAUAGUGAAAAUCUUAGUACCCCACAUCCACUAAAAUUUUAUAAUCCAGUUCAUCUCAUAUCGCUAAAAUGGCAGGAGCCACUUCAGCAUUCAAUCGCUAAUAUUUUAAUUGCAUUUAAAAAGAAGUUGCAUCAUGGGUAGCUGAGACACGCAUACACACACAUAUACAUGUAUAUAUAUAACUCACCUAUCCCGUUUGAAUGUGUGAGGGAGCAGAGGAGGAGGCACCACAGAUUAUCUGCUUAGGGCCUCACUGCCUUCAUCUGGCCCCGCCCCCCAGGCUCACGUGUAGUCAAAUGGGCACACCCACUGACCGGUGUUUGAGAGGCCCUGAGUUUUUUGGGUUUGCUGAAGCAUACACAGCCUGGCUAUCCUAAUAUCCCCACUCUACCCCAUCCCACCCCCCCAUCCUCAGGUCCAUUCAGGUGUGUCUUCACCACCUGAAUGAAGUCAGCACUCAGCCUAGAGUUAAGAGUUCACUGGGCAUGCAGUUCAUGCUUGGGUCUCAACAAAACUAUGGCCCUUCCCCAUGGUUCAAAAUUUGAAUGAUAUCAGAAAAUGUGAAUGAUAAAUCUGAAAAUGCCAAAGACCUGACUCUUGCUGUGUCUCCUACAGCACGCUCUAUCUCAAAGGGCCUCUGUAAGAACCAGCUGAUAGGGCAGAUAACUUACUAAUUACAGUGGGACCUGCCUGAUCCUGUGUGGUGGAGACAGCACAAGGAGCCACCUCCCAAAGUGUUGGCAGACAUGUCUCCAGGCAUGGGAUGGAGAAGUCUUUUGAGUCUUACAUACAGGAAGACACUGAGAAGAGUUGGAUCGAGAGGGGGGGAGAGAUGAGAGAAUUAAGAGAUUUGCCACCUGGUCUCAUUUGGCCUCUUACCCAGAUUACCUACUUACCUCUCAUGAGGAACAAUAUACUCUCAUAUGGGGUGGAGAUAACCCCAGUGACCCCUAGCAGCAGGGCUUUGCAUCAUCCUGGCAGGCAUGACAGAUUGAGUUGAGCCAAAGACAUUGUCUGGUGCAGGCUCUCUGGUAAACCCUAACCGUUUGCAAAAUGCCAGACUGUGGUCAGGAGCCUAAAUUUUAGUAUAUACCAUAGGCAGUCAUGAGCUUGAACUCUGCGUGAAUGAGUUUUUAAUUCUCAGAUUAUGGCUUUAGUAGAUGCCUUUGACAAAUACUAACUGCUUUCUCACCAACAGUGCAUGUGAUAUUCCCCAUCCUCAUCAACACUUUGAUACUGUCAGACUUUUUUAUUCUGGUCAUUUGUGUGUGUGUGUGGGUGUGUGUGCGCAGUCAUACCUCAUUGUUUUAUUUUGCAUUUCCCUGAUGACUAAUGAGGUCAAACAAUUUAUCAUAUAUUGACCAUUUGGAUAUCCUCUUUUGUGAAGUGCCUGUUCACAUCUCUUGCUUAUAUUUCUGUUUGAUCCUUUUUCUUACUGAUUUGUAGAAGUUUUUUUAUAUAUUGGAUAUGAGUCCUUUUUUAGACAUAUGUGUUUUAAACAUCUCCCAUUCUCUGAUUUGUUUUUUACUCUCUUAAUGAUGUCUUUGAUGAAUGGAAGUUCUUAAUUUUAAUGUAAUCUGAUUUAUCAGUCUUUUCCUUUAGGUUAGUCCUUUUUAUAACCUGCUUAAGAAAUGUUUGGCUGUCCUAAGGUCAAUCAAGUAUUUCUUCAAGCUUUAUUAUUUCACUUUUCACAUUCAGAUCUACAGUCUACCUGGAAAUGAUUUUUGUGUAUGAUGUAAAGUAGAAGUCAAGAUUUUGUCCCUCCCACUCAAGGUGGAUAUUCAGUUAACUCAGAACCAUUUAUUGAAAGCACCAUCCUUUUCCUAUCACAUUGCAAUUUUGUCAUAAAUUAAAGAUCUAUGUAUGUGUGGUCUGUUUCCGGGCAUUCUUUCUGUUCUAUUGGUCUCUUUGUGAGCCCCCAUGCAAUACCACUGUGAUAGUUAAUGUUAUGUGUCAACUUGGCUAGGUCAUGGUUCUCAGUAUUACGUAAUUAUCCUCCAUUUGUGAUCUAAUGUAAAGGGAGUUUACUUGGGAGUGUGGCCUGCAUCCAAUAUAUAUGGAUGCUCUGGCAAAGCUCUCUCUUGAUACUGUAUCUGACUCAUCGUCAUCUGACCUCCGGUUCUUGGGAUGUGAGCCAGCAGCUUGCCACCUGACCUGCAGAUUUUGGUUUCAUCAGUGCCUGCAACCAUGUGAGUCAGGAGAAUCCUCCAGCCUGAUGCCUGACCUGUAAAUUUGGGACUUGCCAGCCUCUACAACUGCAUGAGCCAUUUCCUUGAAAUAUAUAUAUAUAUAUGCUUUAGUGGUUUUGCUCCUCUAGAGAACCCAGCCUAAGGUAACCACACUGUCUUAAUUCCUGUAACUUUAAAGUAAGCCUUGAUCUCUGAUAGUAUAAACUUUCUAACUAUGUUGCUUCUUCAAGAUUGUCUUGGCUUUUCUAGGCCUUUAAUAUUUUAAUUAAAUUUUAGAAUUAGCUCGCCAAUUUAUACAAAAAAAAAAAGUGCUGGAAUUUUGAUCCCUGGGAUCUAUAAAUCAAUUUGAGAAUAAUUGAUCUUUACAAUGUUGAGUCUUACAAUCCAUGAACAUAGUAUGUUCCUCCAUUUAAUCUAAUGUUUUAUUGUUUUUUUGUGUGUAGAGGUCUUAUACAACUUGUACUACAUUUUUUCAUAGGUAGUUGAUAAUGUAAAUGAUACCCUUUUUUAAAAUUUCAACCUCUAAUAAAAUUUUUAAAUGCUACCUUUUAUAUAGUUUGUAUAUAAAGAUAUAAUUGAUUUUUUUUAUAUUGACCUUGUAUCUAAUGACCUUUCUAAAUCAACUAAUUCUAAUCGCUUUAUCCAUAGAUUUUUGGAUUUUCUACAUGUAAUUAUGUCAUAUACAAUAUAAUGGUAAUUUUUAUUUCUUCUUUUCCAAUCUUUAUUUUAUUUUUGUAAAAGGCCAUUUGAAGCCUGAUCCAGGCCCUCAGGACUGUGCCCUCUCCCUGCCAUCAGGUGGCCUGCCCAGCCCUGCUCAGCCACCUCUAUACUCUGACAGAAUGAAUGCCCUGGAUGGUGUCCUCUUCAAGGUGUCCAAGGGCUUUGUGAUAGACACAGAGCCCAUCUCUGGGCCAGAGCUCUGCAUCCCGGCCUGCAGGGAGCUUCUGCUGGGUUCCAUGCACGACUUCAGCCUGGAGAGGAAGGCGCUCUUCUGGGUGGAGGCCGCCGUCCGGGGGCCCUGCCGGUGCCAAAGCGGUGGCUCGGGGACAGCAUCAGCCCCACCGGCUUGGCUCUUGCUGGUCAGCCCCGAAUACAGGCCGGUGCCCGCGCCUGCUGCAGCCCAAGGCCCGGAGGCCGGAGCCCAGGAGCAGUCGGAGGAGAAGGACGAGGAAGAAGCUUCCUCCACUAGCAAGGAGGAGCCGUGCCCCGGCAGCCCCCAGCCCGGCUCCCCGGCGAGCCCCGGACCCGGCCAGCGCCUGUGCUCGCUGGACGUGCUGCGCGGCGUGCGGUCGGAGCUGGCCGGGGCACGGCGGCGGCUCUCCGAGGGAAGGCUGGCCUCUGGCCCCCGCGCGCUCCUUCACUGCUUCCGCAGCCACCGCGCGCAUAGCCUCUGCCCGGGCCCCGCGCCGAUCCCAGGCCCUGCGCCGACCCCGGGCCCCGCGCCGCCCCCGGGCCCCGCGCCCCUGCCGCCCCGCGCCCCCGCGCCGGCCCCGCGGCCCUCCACGGCCGGCGCCAUGCCCCCCCUCAGGAGCCACAAGCCCACGGUCGCGUCGCUCAGCCCGUAUACCUGCCUGCCACCCCCUGGGGCGAUGGCCCAGCCUCUCGACUCCCGCCGAUUGUACCCUGAUUCUGCGGCUGACCUGCUGUCUGCCCUGAGCCAGGAAGAGCAAGACCUCCUUGGGCCUGUGGUUGCUCUGGGGUAUCCCCUGCAUAGGGCCAUCAUGGCUCUGCAGAAGACGGGGAGGCAGAGCCUGAGCCAGUUUCUCAGCUACCUUAGCGCCUGUGACCGACUGCUGCGGCAGGGCUAUGAGGAGGGCCUGGUGGACGAGGCCAUGGAGAUGUUCCAGUUCUCUGAAAGCCAGGCAGGGGAGUUCCUUCAGCUCUGGGCACAGUUCAGCGACAUGGGCUUCCAGCAGGACCGCAUCAAGGAGGUGCUGCUGGUCCACGGCAACCGCCGCGAGCAAGCCCUGGAGGAGCUGGUGGCCUGCGCCCAGUGAUCGCCAGAGAGCUCCACAGUGCCGUGGGGGCCAGUCCUGUGCCAGGCCUGGCCAUCUGUCCUAACUGUACUGCUAAAAACAAAUAAUAAUUCUACAGUAAUAAUGCAGGAAACCCUGAUGGCGUAGUGGUUAAGAGCUACAGCUGCUGACCAAAAGGCUGGCAGUUCAAAUCCACCAGACACUCCGUGGAAACCUUAUGGGGCAGUUCUAUUCUGUCCUAUAGGGUCACUAUGAGUCAGAAUCGACUGGAAGGCAACAGGUUUGGUUUUGCUUUUUUUUUUUUUUUUUUCAAGUAAUGUAUGCUCAUUGUAAAAUGCAAACAAUGCCAAGGGUGAAUCAGCUGGAAGAGUUGAGCUAGGGUGAGUGAGCUAGCGUGGAUAAGGAACUGUGGUUUUUCAUACAAGCCUUGUCAAGCUACCUGUAUUUGACUCUUUAAACUGUGCACAUUAGUAACUUGGUUUUAAGAAAACUAGAACAAAUAAAUAUGAUGGGUAGUUCUGUUAGAUUCUGCAGGCUCCUGGUCUUGGUGUUGAACGAGCAUCUGAAUGGGGGUCAGAAGACCUGAUUUCUGAUUUUGGUUCUGCCGGUGGCGGUUUCCAGGCCUCUUUGGGCCUCAUUUUCCCCCGGAAAAUUGGGGAGCCACUGAGCCAGAUCAAAACUUUCUGGAC